AUGCCAGUUUCAUUAGAAGAGUAUUUUCGUACAACGUUCGAGGACAAGCUUCUAGUAAAGCUACCAGAAAGAGAAGAUGAGCACCUCACUCCAGCAACACGACUGCUGGAGAAGCGUCGUGAGAUGACGGAAGUUGAACAGGCAUUAAAUGCACAAAAAGAAGAGUUUCAAAUGAAAAUGGAGUCGAUCCAGCAACGGAGAGAGGAACUUGAACGGAAGGAGUAUACACUCAAAGAAUCAUUAUUAAAGUUUGACAAGUUUUUGAAGGAGAAUGAUGCAAAAAAGAAUCGAGCGGUCAAGAAGGCAAAUGUUGAAAGGGAUGCUAAACUUCAGAGAAUGAGAGAGAUCGAAGCCUUAUCUGAAGAAGCCAAGCAUCUACAACACGAAUUGGAAGUUCAGAAAAUUAAGCUGACCAAACAUAUGGUGUUCCAAAAAUACAUGGAUAGAGUCUUGGAGACAGCAGACGAAUUCUCGGAGAACAAAGACGCCAUCCUUAGGUACGACACCCUGGUAUCAACCCAUCAACACCUACUCAACCGGGAGAUAGAUAACCAGGACCGACUGGAGAAGGAAAAAGCUAACCUUAUGAAAUUCGUGGAGGAGAAAAACAACGACAUCAUGAGCUUCAACAAUCAACUAGCCAACCUUCAGGUUCUAGAAUCAACUAGCCAACCUUCAGGUAGGUUCAAGAAUCAACUAGCCAACUUUCAGGUUCUAGAAUCAACUAGCAAACCUUCAGAUGCAGCUAGAGACUGCGCAGAGUGCAGCAGUAAAGUGGGAGAGUGUGUGGACUCACAUUAA